AUGGCUCAAAUGAAAGCCCUCGUGACCAUCGAAGGCAAGACCGCCGCGGUACAGAGCGUUGAGCGACCUCAGCCCUCGGCCGGCGAGAUCCAGGUCAAAGUGCACUACGUAGCGCAGAACCCGACGGACUGGAAAGCCAUGGCCGCAGUGCCGGCAGGUCGGAUCAUCGGGUGUGACUUCGCAGGCACAGUCUCGGACACGAACGGAUCGUCGCGGUGGCGCGAAGGCCAGCGCGUCGCCGGCUUUGUGCAAGGCACGACGGUGCAGCCGACGCGUGGCGCGUUCGCCGAGUAUGUUGUCAUCGAGGAUAGUUUAGUCUACGAAAUCCCCGAGGGCACGUCGUUCCAGGAAGCUGCGGUGCUGCCACUGGCGUUCGCGACGGCCGUGCAGGCGUUGUUCCAACGCUUGCAGCUGCCGGAGCCCUCGAAGCCGGCCAAGAGUGCGUUUCCGCUGCUCGUCAACGGCGGCACCUCCAGUGUAGGCAAGUAUGCCGUGCAGCUGGCGAAACUCGCGGGCCUGUUUGUGGUGGCGACGGGCUCGAAGAAGAACCAUGACCUGUUGAAGUCGCUGGGUGCGGACGCCGUCGUCGACUAUUCUGAGCAGGACUGGCCCGACAAGGUGCGCGAGCUCACCCACGAUGGGCUACAGCACGCCUUCGACUGCAUCUCCGAGAAGGGUACUCCCCAAACAAUUGCGAAGGCCCUGAGCAGCACGAAGGGCGGGCAUAUCGUGACUCUGCUCCCCAUCGGCCACAUCCGCGACUCUGGAGAGAUCCAGAACUCGAAAGUCCGUCUGGAAAGCACAAUCGUGUACACGGCGUUCGAGCGACCGCUCAAAUACAAAGCUUUUGACAACUGCGGUGAUGCCACCCCCAAGGACAAGGCAUUCUGGGAGAAAUACUUGAGCAUGCUGCCCGAAUUAUUGUCGUCCGGAAAGAUCAAGCCGAAUCGUGUCAGAGAGAGAGGGGGCGUCGAUGACAUCCUGUCGGGCUUCAAGGAUCAGCAGGACGGAAAGGUUAGCGCAGAGAAGUUUGUCUACAAAAUCGUGUGA